AUGUCAACUGCACAAGUUCCAGUUCUCCUGCGCUUCCUGACCCAAGAUGCCAAGGUCCCGCUCGCCACUGCGAUAGGCAAGACACCAGAGCUCCAGAAAGCUAACCUUAGCAGCGCAGAUCAAAUAGCUAAAGCAGACAUUCAAGUCCUCCGGGACAUUUUCAAGGAUCAAAAAGUCGCCAAACAAGUACUCAAUGCUGGCAAACGAGUCUCCAAAAAGCGUGGAGCCCCGACUGACACCACAGCGGCGUCGCCAGAAAAGAAAAGGAAGAAUGUCAACAUCACGAAAGAGUCAACUCCAUUUGAGAUCGAGUCAGCGCUCAGUUUGCCAACCCCAUCGGUCCCCGACAGCGAGCUUCAAGGCAUGGUUGUUGUGACAAAUCGAGCACCUUUGGUGCUUGCUUUCGCUGUCUGUGUCUUGAGAUACACGAUGCCUGAACAGCCUAUAUCAAGCAGACUGAGUCUUGGCCAGGCGCUUGUCAGUGCCAACAGUCGUUCCAAAGCUGUCAGUCUAGGCAUAGAGAAUGGCCAAUCAGCGGAAGAAGAAGGCUGGGGCGAAGGCCAGCCCGUUGUCAAGGUUCUUGGAAGGGAGAUUCGAGUGUUAAAGCGCUGGGAUUAUAACCCGCGUGAAGGGCAACCUACUGCCCCGCCAAUUCAAAAGGCGUCAAGUUCAAAUCCGGACCUAGCAGAUGACUUUUUGGGCAAUGGUGAUAUCAAUGACGCCGAUAAGAUGCCUCCGCUUUGGGGCGUUGAUCUAGAGGCUGCGCGAAGCUCUCAAAGAAAUCCAGACUCGAAGAAAAAGACCGGAGCUCUGCCAAUAUACACGGCUCAGUCCGCCCGGUCGUAUCUUCUGCGGUCGAUAUCGAAUGUGCAGAAGACUCCAACCCCUUCUAAAUCCAAGUCAAAUACGGCGAAGGGCCAAGACAACGAAGAAUCUGUUGCUUGUCUUCUGUCUGCCAUUGACUUUGUCUGCCGAUCAUGGGCCACAAAUCUGAACAAGGAAGAACUGGAUCGGCGUGCGUGGGUUUGGUACCUCAAGGUUCGACCAGAUGUUCAGAGUGGAGUUCAAGGCUGGGGACAGAAGGGGCAAGUGAAGAUAUCGGACAUACUUGCUCUUCGAAAUGACUCUUAA